AUGACGUUUUCACGGACUCCGAGGUUCCCGAAGGCCUGUACCUGGUACAACAACCGAGACAGGGGCUGCAGUAAAGGGCACACCUGUACAUUCCUUCACGUCUGUCAGUUCUACCUGCAAGGCGGCUGUAGGUUCGGCGCGCAGCGAUGUGAUUUCUCUCACAACCUGCACGAUCCGCAGCCCAUGGCGGUGCUGAGCGAGUUUGGGAUCGACGGUUCUAAACCUGAGAGCUUUCUGCUGGAGAUGUUGUCGUCACCACCGGGGGUAACCCCACCCAGGAGCGCGCAGCUUAGCGGUGCGGCGGGAGCAAGGCGGCGGACACCGAGCGGGGGCGGCGGGCCCUCGCGCCAGGGCGGGGGAGACGAUGCCGGGAAGGGGACAGAGAUCUGCACGUUCAACCUGAGGAACAGGUGCUCCUUCGGCGACACCUGUCACAACUGGCAUUGCGCCCUGCCCUACCAGUGGCAGUGCCGGGUAGCUGGGGACGAGACCUGGCAGGACUACAACUCCGACUCUAACAUCGUAAUAGAGAAGCAGUUCUGUGACGUCACCAACGGAGACGUCUGUUUGCUGGGAUCAACAAACAAACCAUUCAGCGUGGUCAACUUCAAGGACAUGAAGUCUCGGCCUCCGCAAGACGCCUCAUCCCUGCUCCAGCGCCUUGGUCUCGCCCCCACGGUCAAGGACAAGGUCUACGUGGUCCGGAGGCUGUCCACGCCGUCGUGGGGGGUCAAGCCUGCCGGGUACCCGUUCGUGACGGAGUGGCGCUGGUACUGGCGGGACGACGGCGGGACCUGGGUGGAGUACGGGCAGACGAACAACUCGGGCGCUAAAGGCCAGAGCAGCCUGACCAGCCAGGAUAUCGAGGAGCGGUUCCAGGACCAGCCUGACGCCGAACUGACGUUCAACACGCAGCACCAUCAGUACGUCCUGCGCCUGCGCGACAUGCAGCAGGAGAACGUCAGCUACCAGACCAGGCGUGACGUCAGACGGCGGCCCUGCUUCGUCUCCGAGGAUGACGUCACUAAUCCGAGAAGGAACAAGCCCACCGCCCGCCGCAGGCUGACCUCAGGUUCCUCGGGAGCAGACGACUCCCUGCCCGCCCACUGGCGCGCGAUGGCCGAGGACGGGGACGACUACGACGAGGUGCCGCUCUCCCCAAGCGGGACCACGGCAGGAGAGUACCAGCGGGUCAGGGCGCUGUUUGAGGGGCAGGGGAUGGCGGGGACACCUGUCAUUAACAUCAAACGGGUGCAGAACCCUUACCUGUGGAGCGCCUACGUCAGGAAGAAAGCUCAGAUGAAGAAGCAGAGCGGCGGGACCGACCCAGAGGAGCGCCAGCUGUUCCACGGCACCAAACCCGAGGUAGUGGACGCCAUCUGUCUACAAAACUUCGACUGGCGCCUCAGCGGAACCAGCACCGGGGCACUCUACGGGCAGGGAAGCUACUUCUCCACGAGCUCCGAAUACUCUAACCGCUACGCCCAGCAAACGUCUGGAAGACGCAGGACAAUGUUCGUGGCUCAGGUGCUGGUGGGUGCGUACACCACAGGGCAGAAGACUCUCCGCCGCCCUCCUCCCCUCAACCCGAGCGAGCCGCUAGGGAGGACCUUUGACUCCUGUGUGAACAGCAGGACCGAUCCGACGAUUUUUGUCGUCUUUGACAGCGCGCAGUGUUACCCCGAGUAUCUGAUUGAGUACUGAGAAAGAGAAAGAAAGAAAGAGAAGGAAAG